UUGCUGAUUGCGACCUAAAUCCCGGAUGGGAGAAGAAAUACAAUGCUGGUAUAGAUAAGUGUUUCUACGUCAACUCUCGCACAGGCAUGGUCACCGACUCUCCUAGUGUGGUGAGUAACAAGCCAUUAUUCUUUGCCAAUCCAGAGAACAUUAAAGCGGAGGAGGGAGACGAGGAAACACCUGUGAAAGAGAAGAAGAAGCAGUCAAUCCUCAAAGGGAGCUCGCUGAUGAAUAUCUUCUCGAAGGGGGGCAACUAA